UAUCUCAGCUCCAAGAAACGCAUCUCGGACGUUUUUUCUGGGUCGCAGAAUCAAGCGCGCCCCCCCCCCCCCCCCCCCAACCCCUUCGACUGCCUUGAAUUUCGAGCCAAUCCACACCACCCCUUUUCUUUUCGCUCGUCGGGUUCUUCACCGUGUGCGCUAUAUACACCAUCCCGCUCCAAUAGUAUCCAAUACUCUCUUUUUGUCUUCCGACCGUUCGGAUCCUCGCUUCGAUUUGCUCGUUCGGUUUUCGCGUCGUCUGCAUCUUUUCACUAUUUUCACCAACUGCUCCCUCUUCAAUCUCCUCUCGCCUUAUCCACGAAAUCUGAUUGCGGACCGUUCUGUCCGAGAGAUGAGUGCCUCAGUUGGCUCCUGUGGAGUUGGAUUCGCCCAGGAGAAUUGAUUUGUGACCGGCGGUGGAGGGAGAAAUUAGGAUGGGCGAAGUUAACAGCAUGAAGACACCUCCGCUUCCAUCGCCGGCCGAGGCCCCUUCGCCUGUCGCCGCGCCCCAAUCCCAUUGUCGACCUUCCCUGCAGUCAACCAAUUCUAUUUCUGUCCAUGAUGUUCACUAUGCAAUUGAUGGAGAUGCGCCGUUGGAGAAAAGUACGUGGAAUGCUAACUCUCACUCUUCCUCUAUAUCGCACGAACAGACUGCGACCGCAUGCCACAUUCCGUCGCCUCCGAAAAAAGAAAGCCCUGAAGCGGGAAAAGGAACCCAGGAGGAUCAAGGGCGCAAUCUGCAGACCCUCAAGGAACUCCGGAGGCAGAUGGAAGAAUUACUGGUCUAUCAACAAAUGCAACAAUCCCAAAGCCAACCCUCCUCGGCUGCUCGAGAGAUCUCUGCAUCGCAAACCGAGGCCGCACCCCCGAGCACCACAGAGUCAACCAGGAAGCGACCCCUCAAUGUCUCGUUUGCGAAAACCCUCUCAACUGCGGGAGCAUUGCCCUCUGCAUCAUACUCCGACUCCACUGGUUCUGGUGGCACUAUUAGAGCCAUGGAUUCCAACACCUCUCCCGACAACCUCCCCGGCCCAACUCCCUCUUACCCUUUCCCGAGGAUGGAGUUGCAGUUUUCAACGAGAGCAGCACGGGACGCCGCAUUCAAUCACAAUGGUUUCAAAUUGACCCUGCCGGCAGAUAAGAUGAAGGCCCGAAUGGGGACCUCCGAUAUCCCGGACGAUCAGCUAUUUGCUGCUACACAUCCUCAAGGCGUUUUCCUACCCCCUCAUUAUAGGCCUGUACCGGAGGACCCCGCCUACCCCAGUCCCAACCUGUAUGAACUUACUCUGCAGUUGAACGCGGAUCCCGGGUUAGAUGCAUGGUGGGCGAACGUAGUCCAGAUUUUGCAGACGCACUACGGAGCAGAGAGAGCAUCUCUGGCCGUACCGGGAGAUGCGACAGACUUGGAGAAUGUUCCAUGGGGUCAGAAAGCGGUCUUCGACCCAGACGCCGUUCCUGCCGACGCGGAGGAUGUGCGAACGGACCGAGUGCCAAGUGAGGCCACCUCGAGCGGCAAUAACCCCGCAAAGGAGAGCAGCGAAGGACCAGGGAAGAAGAAAGGGCUUGUCGCAGAAGCCCUCUUGAAUGGGUCAAAAGCUGCUCAUUCGCCGAAGCGACCGUCCCUUCUGGCACGGCAUUCGUUCGCUGGCUUUGGAAAGGAACGGAAACACUCGGACUGGCGCGACCCGGAGUCUCAACGAGACGAAAGUAUCGAUUGUCCACCGAAAACAGAGAACAAGCAAGCAGAUGCCGAGAUUGAAACCCCAACCAAGGAACCGGUGUCAUCGUUUGGAUUGCCAAACUAUCGCCAAGCAGUUUUCCCCGUGCCCCGACCGCUGGAAGUCGAAUCCGACCCGCUAAUCAAGAGAACUGGGGUGGUGAAGCUCUUCGGGCGCACCGAUCCUGUUGUUUUGACAAGAGAGUAUUCAGAGGGGCCGGCUGAUCGUCCAGGUCAAGGAGAUCCCCUCGAAACCCCAGAAGACAAACCUCAGGCCACACCAAUUGUUGAACCAAAUUCCUCCAAUAAACCAGCUACAGCUCGAACGCGAGCGGUAUCCAAUCCUGGUCUGUUCAAGACUAGGGGGACCCCGUCUAUGGAAUUGUUUGAUGAGUAUGAACAGGUGCCACCGUCUCCUUGGUCUCAGUCCCCUGCGCCAUCGCCCGCGCCUCGCUCUCAUGCGGAGCAGAAUCCAUUUUUUGUCAGUCACGCCGUUGAUGAAAGCGCAUUCGCAAAGAAUCCUCCCCCUCAUGAUUAUUCGAAUUUGGGACCACUAGAAGCCAUUGGCGUUGACCUGGCCAAGUCGGUGGUUCACAUUCCUCUUCUGCAUGUCGGUCGCGCCAAGGACCCUUCGCCAUCCACCUUACGAUUCCCGGUCGCCGUGAUCUCCAUACUGUCUCCCAUUAUCCCUUACCCCACGAAUUUGCGAAGAUCGUUAUCAUAUCUCAUGCCUCACCUCACCACUUCAUUUUGUCUCGCGCAACACUACAGCCAGCUUGAGCGUCAGGUCACUUCGCGGCUUGAGGCUCCUCGCUAUGGCCAGCUCCUGGGACUCGGCGGAACCUUCUCUGAUGAAAGCAGCGAGCUGGAACUGGUCGCAGGUCUCAGCGGCCAUGUGAGCUAUACGAUAGCGGACGAUGGCUCUUUGUCAGCUCGAGCUAGUAUCUCAAGUCCAGAAGAAAGGUCGAGUUCUACCAAGCUCAGCCCAUCGCUAUCUAAUCUUGGAACACCUGGAGUCGAUCUCGGUCUUGUUGCGUCAGGAGGCAGCAAUUUCUGCGAAUCGCCUGGGGCGGUGCAUAAAACAGGGACCGAUAAUCCCGAUGGCUACUUCAACGUGCACCAGUCAAAAAGUUUUCGGGACGCCAUCACUCAGCAUCGGAACAGAUUGACUAAGAUGAGACAGAACAUGGCGUCAUCAACCCCCACGUCACCCGGGAGAAUUGUAAGUAAGUCUGCCGAGGAAGAUGCCACACCGCAAGACCAAAGUCCGGGGGUUGUAUCUCCUCUCCAGGAUGUGAAAGGACCCCAGGUUAUAUCACCAACGCAGACUGCCUCCCGCCAUCCCUCGACGAAUUCCUUCUACGCCCAGCUGCAACGCGAACUACCCCGUCCAUUCUCCGACACAGUGGCGCAACUCAUGCUGAACUCGGUACCCUUACAUCUUUUCCUUGCGAAACCUCAGAGUGGAGAGGUAAUAUGGACCAACUCGAAAUUUGAUGCCUACCGAAGGAGUCAACCUCAAGAGCAGAGAUUGCGGGACGUUUGGCAGAAUAUUCAUAGCAGCGAAAGAGAGCACAUGUCUCAGGAAUGGGCGAACGCAUUACGUACAGGGUCACAAUUUACGGAACGUGUCCGGGUCAAACGCUUUAAUGACGAGUCGGCAUAUCGAUGGUUCAUCUUCCGGGCAAACCCUUUGCUAUCUUCCACCGGGGAGGUGCUUUACUGGAUCGGAUCGUUUCUCGACAUACACGAGCAACAUAUUGCUGAAUUGAAAGCUGCGCAAGAGAGAGAGAAAUUCGCGACCGAUGCCAAAUAUCGAGCCUUCUCCAACUCCAUUCCCCAGAUUGUCUUCGAGGCUACAGAAUAUAGGGGCCUCAUCUUCGUCAAUGAGCAAUGGCACCUCUACACCGGUCAAAAGCUGGAGGAAGCGCUGAACUUCGGCUUCGCCAAGCACGUCCACACCGAUGAUUUAGAGAAAUGCGGCCUUCUUUCCCUAUACCUUUCUGAGCCGCAGAAGAUCGAGUCCACCGCCGAACCCGGCGAAAGUGCAGGGGAGGCCAUUCGUAAGGCUGUCUCGCAAGACAGUCAAUUUGGCCAGGGCGUUACACCUGCAUUGGAAGAACUUGUGAGGCGUGGAGUUGCCUCUGUGCAAAGAGAUGAGAAUGGACGUGUCUUUUACUCUACCGAAAUAAGGCUUCGCUCCAGGGGAGGGGAUUUCAGAUGGCAUCUGGUUCGUCUGGUUUGUGUCGAGACUAGCAGUUUUGGAAGCGGGGAAGGAGAAGCUUCAUGGUACGGCACAUGCACGGAUAUCAAUGACCGCAAGAACCUCGAACGCGAACUCAAUAAAGCCAUGCAGCAACUCAAUAACCAGAUGGAAUCGAAGACGAAGUUCUUCAGCAACAUGUCUCACGAAAUUCGGACUCCACUGAACGGCAUCCUUGGCACCAUCCCUUUCAUUCUCGACACCCAGCUCGACACUGAUCAGAGACGCAUGCUCGACACUAUUCAGAAUAGCUCAACCAACCUGCGAGAGCUGGUUGAUAACAUUCUGGACGUUUCCAGGGUGGAAGCCGGUAAAAUGACCAUGGUCAACUCAUGGUUCCAUGUACGGUCUGUGAUUGAGGAUGUCAUCGACACCGUCUCGUCUAGGGCGAUCGACAAAGGCCUUGAAAUCAACUAUCUGAUGGACGCAAAUGUGCCACCCAUGGUUAUAGGAGACAGGUUUCGUAUACGACAGGUCCUCAUCAACCUGGUCGGCAACGCAGUCAAGUUUACUGCUCAGGGUGAGAUUCAUAUAUGCUGCUCGAUCUAUGAUGGUAUCCCGUCCACUCCCAAGUCCACGGAGUUGUUGUUGAAUUUCGACGUUGUGGAUACCGGUAAAGGUUUCAGCGUCAGGGAUGCAGAGCGAUUGAUGCAGAGAUUCAGUCAACUGGGACAGAACGGCUCUCAGCAGCAUGCGGGUAGCGGUCUCGGGCUAUUUUUAUCGAAACAGCUUGUCGAAAUGCAUGGUGGCAAGUUGACGCCCACCAGUAAAGAAGGGCAAGGUGCCAAAUUUUCGUUUUAUGUCAAAGUCGACGCUCCUCCACCGCCAACUCCCGACGAGCCGCGGCUUGUCCGCCAAUCGUCCAGCACCUCUGAUGUCUUCCUCGAGCACCUCAAGCCGAAUCCGCUGCAGAAGAUGCUGUUCAGGAAGGACUCUAUGGAUAGCAGAGGACCCGACGUGGCCGAUUUCUCUACUCUUGAGACCCCUUUAACCCAAUCACAGAUAAGCUACGAGACCCCUGUACGCUUUCCUUCGAUCAACUUCUCCGAGAGGUCUUCAAUCUCCUCGGCCCUUCCCACCCCAGACCCCUACACGCUGGAUCCAUUAGCAAGGCUUGACAACUCCAAGUCGGCCCUCUCAAGCGGUGAUAUCUCGCAGCCAACGGCGCAAUCUUCCUCCUCACCCUCGCAAGAAUCAUUUGCCUCGACCAAGCCUACGGAGUACACCGGAUCGGACGCGCAGCCUUUACCCAGCUCCUACUCGAUUCUUAUUCUUUGUCCUCUGGACAACACCCGUCAAGCUAUCAAGCAACAUAUCGAGCAGGUGGUCCCCCUGGAAGUCCCCUUCUCUAUCACCUCCACCCCUGAUGUGGAAGAUUGGAGGGAUUCAGUCAGUGAUGUCACGAAGCUUACCCAUUUGGUCCUCAACUUGCCCAACGUGGAUGACGUUCUGGAUAUGAUGCAUUAUGUCUCCGAGUGCGAGCCGGAGGCCGCACCAAGUCUGGUCAUCAUCUCCGAUCUGUAUCAGAAGCGACAAAUCAAUGCUAGGAUCAAGGAAUUGGCAUCUAGCGGGAGACGCAUAUACACUGUUCCGAAGCCGGUGAAGCCGUCCGCUUUUUCCUCCAUAUUUGAUCCCGACAAUCGACGCGAUCUGAGCAAGGACAGGAACCAGGACAUGGCCCGGGAAAUCAACAACAAUUUCAAGACCAUGUCGAAAAUGGUGAAAGAGGUUAUCGGCAAUAAGGGCUACCGAGUGCUACUUGUUGAGGAUGAUGAUACGAACCGUAUGGUGAUGAUGAAAUACCUCGACAAAAUCAAGGUAAUGGCGGAGACAGCCACAAAUGGACAAGAGUGUACAGAGAUGGUGUUUUCCAAAGAACCAGGAUACUACUCUCUCAUCAUUUGCGACAUCCAAAUGCCCAUCAAGAACGGCUACGAGACGUGUCGUGACAUCCGUGCUUGGGAAUCAAAGAACCACUACCCACAAAUCCCGAUCAUGGCCCUUUCGGCCAACGCGAUGACAGAUCAGAUCGAGGAUGCCGCACGUGCUGGCUUCAACGACUAUGUCACCAAGCCCAUCAAACACAAUGAACUGGGGAAGAUGAUGAUGGGGCUCCUUGACCCUAAUCGGCCGUUGCUUCUUCUACGGGACCGCCUCAAGGCCGAGAAUGCGGAGAAGUUCCGCCCCGAGUAGAUGCUUUCGCCCGCGCGAACCGUCCUCGAUCGCACGUCGGCAAUUCCUCUUUUGUCUGUCAACUUUCUGCGCGUCUCCAACCUCCAGCAGCAGCAGUCAGAAAGUGCCACAAUGUACUG